AUGUACGACCCUCCGAGCCCGCACGCACGCGCCGCUCGCGCCCUCAGGCCGCCGUCGUGGUACGCAGCACCAUCCGCACACGGCCACACGCCCGACGCGCCCGACGACGACGCGAGCGAGACUGCCCCGCUCACCUACCUAACGAGGCUGGCCCAGCCCUUUGAUGACCCAUACGAGGAACUAUGUCGCUCCUUCAACGUCUACAAGACCUCCGUCACACUCCUUCCAGAUGGCGCCGUCCCGCCCACCGUAUGCAUGCCCGUCCGCCGCGACGCGCACAUGCCCACCCACGGGCUAAUUGUCCUCCCGUCCCACGCCGCUCCUGCCCCGUCUGCUUCCUCUUCUACUCCCUCGCCGGCCGGCCACUCUUUCCCCGACUCGCCUCGCCCUCUCGCUCUCCCCAUCAACGCCGACCUCUUUGCGCAACGCUUCACGUACGACCUCUCACGUCUAUCUGCUGAUGACGCGUACGCAAUGGGCUCGACGCUCCCCCUGCCGACGAUCCCUCUGUCCCUCCCCCACCCGCUCUCCGUCUCUCUCCUCCUCUUCUUCGGACUCGGGCUGUCUCUGCCCCUGGCUUCGCUGCCGCCCUCGCCAUCAACUUCUAGCUCGCCGGAGUGUGCCUCGCGGCGAAGAAGCGGCCCGUCCCCGCUCGACACGCACACCGGCCUUCUCGCCAGCUUCCUCCUCCCGGACCACGUCAUCACCGAGUUCCCCUCGGGCCCCGCAAUGGCCUCCGCGCUCCUGCGCGGCUCGCGCGCCGUCAUCCGCACCGCCGCACACUCCGACUCGGGGUCCAGCGCAGGCUCGGGCUCGGACGGGGACUCGGACGGGGACGAGCCGCAGCCUGACGAGGCGAUGGACGCGCAGCUGCGGGAGCGCACGGCGUUCGUGGGCGGGCUCUGGGCGAACGUGCUCGCGCUCGGCCCGCGCGACGGGCGGAUCGUCGACAUGGUCCGCUGCGCGUGGAACGUGUGCCGGGAGGCGCGCCGCCUGCGCGAGCUGGAGCAGCGCGGGCGGCGGCGGCGCUAG